GAUAAAAAGAGGGGAUUUCUUCAUGCGAGGAUUAAAUAAUAAGCAAAACAACAGGUGUAGACGGCUUAUAAAGUCGGGGCUUUCCUGACUGAACAAAACUACUUAUCAUGUGAAUUGCAUGAACCUGCAACAAUAGCACAGCCGCUCUGUUAACUAAGUAUUUCAAGAAACUUUAAGAUGGCCCGGCCAAGGAAGGGUUGUUUUCCAGCUUGUAAGAUUAUUGUUUUGGUAUUGGUUAUAUCGUUAUCUUUGUACAGUACCGAAUCGUUCUACCCUCAUACAGUCAAGAACCAUGUUGUUGUCAAUCAAGAUGACCUGAUCGAUGGAUUUCCUGCACAAGACUGGAUUAGCUGUAUCAUGUCUUGUCAAAAUGAUCCAAAGUGUUUUUCGUAUAAUUAUCAAUACGAGAAGAAAGAGAACGGCUUGUGUGAGCUGUAUGGAUGCGGAGUGGAUCAAGAGAAAGAGUUGACGAAACAACUUGUCUAUUCUUAUGGUUUCCUCUUCCAGCAGCUCAAACAUCACAAGGAAAUGAAGCUUUGUGCAAAACAAAGAGUGACGUCCAAACGCCCAACUACAAAUUCAGCCACGCCGGGCAAAGGUUCGUCCACCAGCACAUCCAAUACAGCCAUCCCCUCAACCACCGCGGUCCCUACAGGCAAAGCUUGCUGCAGAGAUUGGAUCAGAAAUAACCAAACCUGUUACUUGGCAGUGCAUGAACCAAAAACCUGGACUAAAUCUUAUCAUUACUGCAAGCGGAAGGGAGGAAACUUGACCUCAAUCCACAGCAGAGACGAAAACACAUUCAUUGUGAACAAAAUGACUGCAAACUUCAAAAGCGAUUUCUUCUUUGUUGGUUCAAUAAUAAGCAGAAAUAAUCGACUAGUUUGGUCAGAUGGCACGGUAUUCAACUUUUAUCAAAACUGGAAAAGCAACAAUGAUAGGAUAGCUAAAAACGUUACUAAUUUUUCAUCUAAAUAUGUACGUAUCGAAAAAUCACUUGGAAAGUGGAUUUCGAGUUCAAACCCUCCCCUUGACGAGUUUGAAUCGGUCUGUAAACAUUCUCUAUAUGAAUAAAUCUUUAGCUAUCUAUGUCGUGCUAGUAACACGGCUGGUUACUGCUCGUUAA